GAAUAAUUCUUUUUAUAAUUGUUCAUUACAAAAAUGGAGUUAAGCGAAGUCGAACGAGUUGAAGCGGCAAAUUUUUGAAUGGAGACCUGACAGUGGAUUAACUCGAGUCGGGUGGUAUACACCGCUGCGUGUAAUGGCGGUCAUCAGCUGUGUUCUCUAUUUCCAGGCAAUAUUAUUAAUCGGUGGUCAUCAUUAUAUCAACUGACCUGUGGAUGUCUUACAUUAGAAUCAUACACCAUAGUCAAUGCGUCUCAAAUUUUUCUUCAAAAUCUCUCCGGCCUCCAGCCCACAUUUUUGCCAUCACCAACUCACCCUUUCAACUUUCUCAGUCGACGCAACUCACCUUCCUCAGGCCCCUGAGUACUACACAUAUACUCAUAUCUUGCGGUCGUGUCUCAGAAAAUGCCAGAAAAUCAGAAGGCACUGCAUGUUCGACGAAAUGCCUCAUAGACUAUCUCGCUUUUCAACAACCUGCAAAAUUAUUCAUUCUCAAAGCCUUAAACUUGGGUUUUGGUCAAAAGGGUCUUUAGGGAAUGAAAUUCUUGAUCUUUAUGCCAAGUGUGGAGAUGUUGAUUUUGCAGAGAAAGUGUUUGAUAGGCUUGGAAAUAGAGAUAUUCUGGCCUGGAACUCUGUCUUAUCUGUGUAUUCUAAGUCUGGGUUUCUUGAUAUGGUUCUUAAGUGUUAUGGGUUAUUGUGGAGUCAUGGGAUGUGGCCUAAUGAGUUCACUUUUGCUAUUGUUCUAUCUGGUUGUGCAAGGUUGGAUAGUGUUGAAUUUGGUAGACUAGUUCAUUGUAAUGUCGUUAAGUUGGGUUUUGAGUUUAGUUCUUUUUGUGUGGGUGCUCUUAUUGAUAUGUAUGCUAAGAAUAAUAGGAUGAGUGAUUGCAGAAGGGUCUUUGAUGGUGGAGUGAGUUUAGAUACUGUUUCUUGGACUUCUUUGAUAGCAGGUUAUGUUAAAGCUGGUUUGCCUGAGGAGGCAUUGGAAGUGUUUGAACAGAUGAAGAAGGUAGGCCGUGAACCAGACCAGGUGGCAUUUGUGACUGUCAUAAAUGCAUAUGUGGCUCUAGGAAGGCUUGAUGAUGCACUGGGUUUAUUUUUCCAGAUGCCGAACCCCAAUGUUGUAGCAUGGAAUGUUAUGAUUUCAGGGCAUGCUCAGAGAGGUCAUGAGACAAAGUCUAUUGAGUUGUUUUGUAACAUGAGGAAGGCUGGUAUUAAAUCUACAAGAUCCACGUUAGGAAGUGUCUUAAGUGCAAUUGCAAGUUUAACUGAUCUGGACUUUGGCUUGCUAGUUCAUGCAGAGGCAAUUAAACAGGGAUUAGACUCUAACGUAUAUGUUGGGAGUUCACUGAUUAAUAUGUAUGCUAAAUGUAAGGAGCUUGAAGCAGCAAAGAAAGUUUUUGACCCUAUAGAUGAGCGAAAUGUUGUCUUGUGGAAUGCGAUGGUCGGAGGGUAUGCACAAAAUGGAUAUGCUCAUGAAGUCAUAGAAUUGUUGUCUAAUAUGAAGAGCUGUGGUUUUCAUCCAGAUGAAUUUACCUAUACCAGUAUUUUGAGUGCAUGUGCUUGCUUGGAGCAUGUGGAAGGGGGUCGGCAAUUGCAUUCAAUCAUCAUAAAGAACAAAUUUGCCUCAAACUUAUUUGUAGGAAAUGCAUUGAUUGAUAUGUAUGCUAAAUCUGGGUUUCUUGAGGAUGCAAGGAAACAAUUUGAGCUCAUGAAGAGUAGAGACAAUGUUUCUUGGAAUGCAAUUAUUGUCGGAUAUGUGCAGGAAGAAGAUGAAGUUGAGGCAUUCCUUAUGUUCCAAAAGAUGCAUUUGGUUGGGAUUCUGCCUGAUGAAGUAUCUCUGGCAAGUAUACUGAGUGCCUGUGCAAAUGUUGAAGGUUUUGAGCAGGGAAAACCGAUACAUUGUCUCUCAGUGAAAUCUGGUCUAGAAACAAGUCUUUAUGCUGGAAGCUCCCUUAUUGACAUGUAUGCUAAGUGUGGCGAUGUUGGUUCGGCACAGAAAAUUCUGAAAAGCAUGCCUGAGCAUAGUGUGGUCUCCAUAAAUGCACUUAUUGCAGGAUAUGCUCCUGUUAACUUAGAAGAGGCGAUAAUUCUGUUUGAAAAGAUGCAAGCUGACGGGUUGAACCCAUCUGAAAUAACCUUUGCAAGCCUUUUAGAUGGAUGUGGUGGGCCUGAACAGCUGAUUCUAGGAAUUCAAAUCCACUGUCUUAUUCUGAAGAGAGGCCUUCAGUAUGAUGAUGAUUUCUUAGGUGUCUCACUGUUGGGAAUGUAUGUGAAAUCCCUGAGGAAGACAGAUGCACGCAUUCUCUUCUCAGAGUUUUCAAACCCAAAAAGCACUAUAUUAUGGACUGCCAUGAUAUCAGGACUUGCUCAAAACAAUUGCAGUGAUGAGGCCUUGCAGUUUUAUCAAGAGAUGCGUAGCUGUAAUGCUUUGCCUGACCAAGCCACAUUUGUUAGUGUGCUGAGAGCAUGUGCUGUCUUAUCUUCUAUCGGAGAUGGUAGAGAGAUUCAUUCACUCAUUUUCCGUACAGGGUUGGACUUAGAUGAAUCGACAUGUAGUGCACUUAUAGACAUGUAUGCUAAAUGUGGGGAUGUGAGGAGCUCCAUGCAAGUUUUUGAGGAUAUGCAUAGCAAGAAUGAUGUAAUUUCCUGGAACUCGAUGAUAGUUGGAUUUGCUAAAAAUGGGUAUGCAGAAAAUGCUCUAAGAAUCUUUAAUGAGAUGAAGCAAGCACAUGUGAUACCAGAUGAUGUCACGUUUCUUGGUGUCCUCACUGCAUGCAGCCAUGCAGGAAGGGUAUCUGAAGGCCGUCAGAUCUUUGAUAGUAUGAUUAACUACUAUAAGAUUCAGCCUAGAGUGGAUCACUGUGCCUGCAUGGUUGAUCUUCUAGGAAGGUGGGGUUUUCUUCAAGAAGCCGAAGAGUUCAUCUACAAACUUAAUUCUGAACCUCAUGCCAUGAUUUGGGCUACAAUGCUUGGGGCUUGCAGAAUACAUGGGGAUGACAUUAGAGGUCAACGAGCUGCCGAGAAACUCCUUGAGCUUGAGCCUCAAAAUUCUUCACCUUAUGUGCUUCUUUCUAACAUUUAUGCUGCAUCAGACAACUGGGAUGAGGUUAAUAGUUUAAGGAGGUCAAUGAAAGAGAAAGGAGUGAAGAAGUUUCCUGGAUGCAGCUGGAUUGUGGUAGGACAGCAAACAAACACUUUUGUUGCAGGAGACAAGUCUCAUUCUAGUGCUGGACAAAUUGAAGUAGUUCUAAAAGAUUUGACAGUUCUCAUGAAAGAAGAUGGAUAUGCUACUCUAAUUGAUUCUUUUCUCCAUGAUGAAUAGUGAAACCAUCUUUUGUCACCGCCCCUGCCUGCUUAGUUAGAGAAGAAGUUCUUACAAAAGCUUAUGCCAAAAUGGUGGAGAUAUUUCGGUGGAUAGAGAACAAAUGGAGGCUGUCAAAAUACUAUGACUGGAAGGCUUAGAGAUGGACUGUCAACAUUAUUUAUUUUUAGAGGUAGAAAUCUGCAUGAAGUCUCCAAGAAUAAUCGACUUUUGGUCAUUCAAGUGUACCGUUUGAGCUCAAGCUUUUGUAGGCAUGGGCUUCUCUUUCGCUGGGGCAUUAUUUGAACAUGGCUGAUAUGUGGUCACUAAGAUGAAUGACCAAUUAAUUUGAGCUCACUUUAAUAGGAAGAACGAGUCCAGAAAAUGCAAAGCGGUUCAGUGUCAACUUUCCAGUUGGCUAUUCUUUUAGGCAGACAUUAUUUGGACGGUUUUUAACAUGGUGCAAUGAGUACCAUAAAGAAUAUUUUUACUAAUCUAUUUAUGUUUGAUGAGAUGGAUAGGUUACUGUAGGGGUGAGUUAUGUGGUAGGGAGCUACCCAAUUGAGGAUCUGGUCAUGAGCUCGCCUGUUCAAUCAAAUCUUGGGUCUAGAUAGUUUCCUUGGUAUUCUGACCUGGAUGUCAAUAAUGGGAGGAGCAGUUCUAUUUCUACUGUUUUGAUGGGAGGAGCAGUUCUAUCUCUACUGUUUUGGCUAAGGACUUGAUAAGAAUGGCUUAAUGAAGGUUACAGUUUCUCAUUCUCAGGUUAUUUACAUUUGUUAAAUGAUUUUGACCACACUGGGUUUUUGUUAGCUGGCUGGUGGGCUUCAUUUAUUCUUUUCUUUCAGUAACUCUCUAAAACUGUAGAGUGAGACAAUCUUCAAGUUUGGAAAAGUGAACGAAGUUAUCUCUGCAACCUGCCGAGCAUUUUGGAUGAAGCUAAGCUUGGUAAAAGCAUGCUCGAGAAUAUAGCUUUGGAGAUUUUUUUUUGGCAAAAGCGCAUGUGGUACGAAUGAGGACAGCCUGCUUGCGCCUAUUGGAAACUUAAGGGGGCACUAUUACCAAGCUGCCUGUACAUUCCAAUAACAUUCUAACGUCAAACAUGAGUCCCUCAUUAGGCAAGGAUUGAUAGUAGUACGUAAAUGCUUUUCUAAGCUAAAAUCUGAAUUAUGUCGAGACAUCUGUGUUCCCAGAUGCAGUGAUCUUGGAAAAUGAGAACGAAGGCAGAACAUGAAGGAACUAGAGAAAAAGUGAAGAAGGUGGCUGGAUGUUGUUUGGUCGUGAGGGGACAAAAGACAAACCUUUUCUUUUUCGUUAGCUGAAGACGAGUCUCAUCCGGUGCAAGUUUAUAGUUUUAUAAGAGUUGAGCAAAUUCUAGUGCUGGGUUUAGUUGAGAAAUCAAUGUCCAAACCAACCGGCUGUUAGAUUACACCAGUCUAUGGCUACUCUUACAUAGUUUUCAUUAUUGUGAUUUUGUCCCUAAACACGCCUUUGCGUGUGCCUGUGGCCUUUGCUCUUUGCCAGUUAUAAUUAUUCAGCAAAUCAACUAACCGAGACUUUAAUUUAUAACGCCAAAUCACAAUUAUUAGCUCUUUUGGCCA